GGCGUUGUGGGGUGCCGCGUCGGGGACCCCGGCCUGGGUCCGUUGGGGUGCCGCGCCGGGGAGCCCGGCCUGGGUCCGGUGGGGUGCCGCGCCGGGGAGGACUAUAGAGUUAGGAGAAGCUGCGUGGGUUUAUCUGAGUCAAGAGGAAGCGGUGUGAAUAUUGGGUCACCGGGGAGUGAAGAGAUCGAGUUGUCAGCAGCGCCUACCGAGCUCACAGCAGGGCAGAGUUCGGACACUGAUGCUUUAGGGGUCUGCAGCACGGACGGCGAUGCAGAGGAAGACGGGGUGGAUGACCAAUGUGAGAAGCUACAGGAGUUUUGGAUGAAAUGUGAUUACUUUGCCGCCGAUGACACUCAGCUCACUUUGUUUCAAGGAGACAAGGUGUCUCUAAUCAAUGUGGUGACACCAGAUUGGUGGUGGGUUGUACACGAUGGCAGUUAUGGUUAUGUACCGUCUGAUUGUUUGAGCGAGACAGAUACUGAAGAAGUGGAUGACCCGUGGCAGGAUGAUGAAUACUAUGGAAGCUACCAGACUCUGAAGCUGCACUUGGAAAUGCUGUCUGAUGUUCCACGGACCGAGACAUAUCGAGAAGUCAUAAAGCGCAACAGAGCGUCUCUGUUAGGCAAGCACAUCCUGGAUUUGGGUUGUGGAACUGGGAUCAUAAGCUUAUUUUGUGCACAGCUGGCUCAGCCAAAGGCAGUGUAUGCAGUGGAAGCGAGCAAGAUUGCACAACAGACACGCAGGCUAAUAGAAAAAAAUGGAUUUUCUAACGUUGUGCAUGUUAUUGACCAACGAGCAGAAGAAAUGGAACUACCUACCAAAGUGGAUGUCCUUGUGUCCGAAUGGAUGGGAACCUGUUUACUUUUUGAAUUCAUGUUGGAGUCCGUUCUCCUAGCACGUGACUUCUGGCUAAAGGAGGAUGGUGUGAUGUGGCCAAGCACAGCGUCCAUUCACUUGGUACCAUGUAGUGCAGCCAGGGAAUAUGCCGGUAAAGUUCUCUUCUGGGAUUCUCGGUACCAGCUGGACUUCAGUCCAUUACAGUCACUUGCUGUGAAAGAAUUCCUUUCAAAACCUAACCCAGACUAUGUGCUGCAGCCUGAAGACUGCCUGUCCGAUCCCUGCAUUUUACUGGAUGUUAAUCUGAGGACCCUGCAGAUCGCUGAUCUGGAGCGAAUGAGCGGCAAUUUCACUUUCUGUGUAAAAAAUGAUGGCAUCUUUCAUGGAUUCACUGCUUGGUUCAGUGUCCAGUUCCAAAAUAUUGAGGACAAGGGAUGGCUUGAACUGAAUACUGGACCCUUCAACAUGCUCACUCACUGGAAGCAUACACUCUUCAUGCUGGAUGAACCAGUGCAUGUGCAUAAAGGGGAUAGAAUCAGAGGCACUGCCUUGUUCCAAAGAAAUCCUGUAUGGAGGCGUCAUAUGUCUGUCACAUUGAGUUGGGAAAUCACAAGCGAUGCACAUGACGUUCCAUACGAGGUCGGCUGCAAGAAAUUUCCAAUGUGGAGAUGAGCCUUUUAAAGAAGCAUUUUUUUUGGUUAAAUACAAGAAGUGUGCUGCAUUGUAUCCAAGAGACACCUAUAGAAUCAUACCCUUUCCAUAUGGAUUACUAAUAUAGUUAUUUAACGUUUUUGCCCCGUUUAUUACAAGGAUUUGCUGUUCCUCAUACGUUUCUGUACCUACUAACACAAACCAAAGAGAUGUUUUUAAAAUGUUUAAUGUGCUUUUGUCCAUUCUUUAUCACAUGUAACAUUGCCGGGCUUUGUAAUGCUUUAAUGCAUUGCCAAAGUUAUGUUUUGGUUUUUUUUUUUUUAACUAUAAAAACUACAGUGUUAAAAUUAAAGUGGUCCUGUCCCCUGAUGGAGAACCAGCAGGAAUUUCCUUUUAGCUUGAUGCAUUUAAUAAAUUACACAGCGUCUGUACAUAA